AUGGGGACCCCUCCGCCGAUCCUGCAGGCCGCUCUUUCCUCUCGUACGAAGUUCGUAUUUCGCCGCCUGCAUCAAAUCGACGCGGAGCGCUCAAGCAGAAUGGCAACACGGCUUGUGCCGCACGGUGCUACGAAGAUGCACACGCGACUGUCUCACUCUCAAGUGGAGCGUCUCACCGUGGCUGGUCAGUGUGUGGUCAUUGAAUGUGGGGAUGAUGUCUCCGGCGCAGACGACGGCGCCAGCACGGUGGAGCUCUUCGUUUUGGAUUCAAGGGCAACGGAGCGGGUUGCUAUGAUGGAGGCAUUUGGUGAGUUUGCCAUAAUGGAGGACGACCUGACAGGAUGCAGUCAAAGCAGUCUGAAGCAUGGGAGAGGCGAGGAGGAUGAGGACCUCCCCUGCUACUUUCUCGGGCCACUCCGCCGCACGUCCAGCGUCGGCGACCACAGCACCGCUGCCGAGGAUUCCGUCUUGGCAUCUCCCUCGCGCUGGGGUGCGGUGAAGGCGGAUGAGGAUGGAACCAUGCGGCGAUUUCUGCAGGAGUACGAUGAGAUGCUGUGCAUGGAGGCCACGGGUGACGCUACGGCAGACCUCUACUGUUACCCAGAUCACCGCAAAGACGAUGAGUAUGAUAGUAACGCCGAGGACUUUUCGGGCAACGACUAUCCCGAUGAAGCCGAUGGCCGCAGUGGUGAGUCGACGAGAAGAACAGACGAAGAGGCGUCCAAUUCUUCUACAAGACGUCAGCGGGUGUACGUGAUGUCGCGCAACACCUAUGGCAUAUCUUGUGAAGAGGAAUACAGUGAGCGAAGUCUCAGCAGCGGGUGGGGCAGCGACGAUUGA